AUGGUACUAAACAAGUUUGCUCUCGGCGCCAUUGCUAUGAUCGUCCUUGCUACAAUCUACAAUAUUGCUGCCAUUAUCCUUCCAAUGUGGACAUCCAAUACGACUGUCAACUCAGCGUACAGCGGCACUAUAUCCAGUGCAAGCUUUAAAGCUGGUCUGUUGGGAUUUUGCUUUGAUACCGAAAUGACCGAUGGCACGUCCUUCGACGAUUGCUUGUACUACAAGUUUGGAUCAUUGGACGAUGAUUUCUCAAAACUGAAUAGCGAGAUAUGGUCAAAGUACGCGUCCGAUGGUGUAUGCAAAGGCUAUGACAAUGCAGGCGACGUGGGCGACGCAGAACAAUUCGCGUACUCAGCUAUGCUCGCGACUGCUGCCGGCAUGGACGCAGCACAGUUUGACAAGUUUCUGGACAAGUCAUGCGGUAUACUCGGUAUGGGUACAAUGACGACUGGUGGCGUGAGCUUAUCGAAUGGUCUCAUGGCGAUCAUUGCCAUGGUAGUCGUGAUUACGUGUCGCAAAGGAAACAAAAAGUGGGCCGGCGCUGCUAUCUUCCUUGCUGGUGUGGCUGCACUUGCGGCCAUGGUGACGAUCAUACUCUGGAUCUUCCAGUCAAAGCCACUUGGUGAAGAGGAUAACACGACUUACAAAGCGUCGUUCUACUUGAUGAUCAUUGCAACGCUGCACUAUCUUGUGGCAAUAAUCUUGUUUUGGAAAUGCUUGAAGCAGCAACAAGAGAGAAUGAGGGCACAAGCGGAAGACCACACAGGCUACAGAGGUGUGGAGACGCCAAAGUUUGAUGAAAGUGCCCCGGUGAAUCCUGUCUAG